CUGGAAAACCACAGGGCCACAGUUCAGCAUUGGCGAAGAAAAGAAAAGGUAUGUCACAGCGUGCACUGAAAAAAUUUGCUUGUUUCCUUUUUUUUCCCUUGAUUCAAGUAUUAUUUUUUUUUGUCUAGCGUCUUCUGUUCCUGACGACGCCGAGGAAGACGAGAAUAGUUAUGAACAUCGCCUGUCAAGGCUGAGAGCAAAUCAUAAACUGCCCGAGUUUAAACUACGGUGCUGGGCGAGAAUGUUGGUGAGCAACUUUGAAUUUCCCGCUUUUGAGUGAUGCAACACUAAUGGACUUCAUCCGAUUGCCGUCAUAGUGUUUCCUAAUGUUUUGUUUCAGUCUCAUGGUGCAAAGCUAUACUGUGUACCCAAAUCAUCUCCUUUAACAUUUUUCUCUACAUUAUUUGUAACUUCACAUGAAAAGUUUCCUCAUUAUUUAGUAUACGGACUCCACGUGCCAACUCCUUUUUUUUAAUUUAUGCAACUCUUGGGGCUUUUACCGCUAUAAAAUUUCAGACCAAAAAUAAAUCUCCUAAUUAAAUAGCUCUUGCAAAUUAACGGUAAGAAGAGGAAUUCGUUAUAAUGACCCACAGUAUUUCAUAAUAGUGUUUUUGGUGAAAUUUUUAUUUUCCCGACGGAGACCAUACAUGUAUUUUUUUAAAAAUGAAGUUGAGUUGAAAAUGAAGCGCUCGUUAGUCAGGGAAGGCAUACACUGAAUACGGCUAAUAAAUUUAUUGCUGCAUACUAGGUAAACGGCACACAUGACAGCGAAGAUGAACCUCCGGAUUUGCCAUUUUUCACAGGCAAAUUGAAUAAGGUUAAAGGCCAAGCACCAAAUACAACCGACUGCGAAGCUCGCCACUCAACAGCUGAUGGCACUGAGAGUAAGGUGAUUAGCAUAAGAAAAACCAAACCAAUUCCUCAAUUACUUUCGACAGUCAAGUGAAAACCGCUCUAUCAUCUUUUUUUAGCAUUUGUUUGCUUACGCUCGGUUUUUGUUCUCUCUUCGUAGAUCCGCACGCGAAGUGCUAUUUUGCAACAACUGAAGGAUUUGAAAUCACUUAAUAAUGAUGGUGUCAUUUCAGAUGACGAGUUUGUUGGUCAAAAGGAGAAACUUCUGAGAGAAAUCAGUGCUCUUUAA